AUGGAGAAGAAGGAUGCUAAGCCACGCCUCAUCUGUUGGAUAUUUCUACUUCAAGAGUUUGACCUGGAAAUCAAGGAUAAGAAAGGCAGUGAAAACAUGGUAGCAGACCACCUAUCUCGGCUUGAGGACACAGAACAGGAAGAGACAGGCAUUUUGGUACUUCUAAGACAGCGGCGAAAAUUCUCCAAUCAGGUUUUUACUGGCCCACACUCUUUAAGGACGCGUUUGAGAAAAUUGAGAUCGAGAUGGUCUGGUUCAUAUACCAUUACACAAGUAUUUCCACAUGGGACAAUUGAGAUCACUCACGACAGCAAGGGGACAUUUAAAGUCAAUGGACAGCGGUUGAAGCACUACUGGGGCGGUGAUUUCUCAAAGGACAAGUCUACCGUCCAACUUGGAUCACCAGAAUGA